AUUGCAGCUCAUUAUCACCAUCACCACCACCACCACCACCCUCCUCACCACUCACCCACCAUGCUCGCCGCACGAGCAACAAGGGGGGCAUUUGCCCUUCGCUCCUCGGCCUCCGCACGAGCUGGCCCUUCAUCAAUCUCUGCGCCCCUCCUGCGUCGCUCCCUAGCCACCGAAGCCGACCCAGACCGUUGGGCCACCAACACUGAAGGCGCAGGCGUCCGUCCUAGCAGCAAAGCCGUGCCUACCUCGCCACAGGCACCAGGCAAUGCCUCGACACACAUCCUCGAGGACAUGCACACCACGACGGCACACGAGAUCCUCUCCGAGAGCGGAUCCCGCAAAGAAGCUAGCCUGCGCCACUUUACCGUCAACUUCGGUCCUCAACACCCGGCAGCUCACGGCGUGUUGCGCUUGAUCCUAGAGCUCAACGGUGAAGAGGUGCUGCGAGCUGACCCGCACGUUGGUUUGCUUCACCGUGGAACGGAGAAGCUCAUCGAGUACAAGAACUACACGCAGGCGCUGCCUUACUUUGACCGACUCGACUAUGUCAGCAUGAUGACCAACGAGCUCUGCUACUCGCGUGCUGUGGAGAAGUUGUUGAACAUCGAGGUACCUGAGCGAGCCAAGUGGAUUCGCACCUUGUUCGGGGAGAUUACCCGCAUCUUGAAUCAUUGCAUGGCCGUCCUCUCGCACGUCAUGGACGUCGGCGGGUUGACCCCUUUUCUGUGGGCCUUUGAGGAGAGGGAGAAGCUCAUGGAGUUCUACGAGAGGGUCAGUGGGGCGCGAUUGCAUGCCGCCUACGUGCGACCGGGAGGUGUGGCAUUCGACUUGCCUCAUGGCUUGCUCGAUGAUAUCCACAAGUGGGCGACGCAGUUCGGCUCGCGCAUCGACGAAAUCGAGGAAGUCGUCACUGGCAACCGUAUCUGGAAGUCGCGCACCAUUGGCGUGGGCAAGGUGACAGCCGAAGAAGCCCAGAACUACGGCUUCUCAGGCGUCAUGUUGCGCGGCUCUGGCGUACCUUGGGAUAUCCGCAAGGUAGCCCCUUACGACGCCUACGACCAGGUCGACUUCGACGUGCCAGUCGGCAAGAACGGAGACUGCUAUGAUCGCUACCUGUGCCGUAUUGAGGAGUUUAGGCAGAGUCUGCGUAUCAUCGAGCAGUGCAUUAACAAGAUGCCGGGAGGGCAGAUCAAGGUCGACGACCACAAGAUUGUUCCCCCGCCGAGGGCCAACAUGAAGGAGAGCAUGGAGUCCCUCAUCCACCACUUCAAGCUCUUCUCCGAGGGAUACCACGUUCCCCCCGGCGAGACGUACUCGGCCAUCGAAGCCCCCAAGGGCGAAAUGGGCGUCUACCUCGUCUCUGACGGCUCCAACAGACCGUACCGUUGCAAGAUCCGUGCUCCCGGCUUUGCCCACUUGGCAGGAUUCGACUUUAUGAGCCGUAGUCACUUUGUGCCCGAUGUGGUCGCCAUUAUUGGUACGAUGGACCUCGUCUUUGGUGAGGUGGACCGUUGAGCGGGCACGGUGGAGAAGGAGGCCGCCAGACUGUGUUUUCGUGCCGUGGCGUAGCUUGAAUAGCAUCGACUAGAUAUCAAAUCGAUUACGCGUGGCGCGUGGCGAGUGGCGAGUGGCAGUGACCGGCUAGUCAUCCGCUUCGAUCAACUCGCCCAACAGCUCGAGGAUCUUGCGCUGAUUAUCCCGAGCGGCGGGGGAGGACGUUUCGAAGAAUCCUGGUAGGCCGGCCUUGUGGAAUCGAAGCUGUUGAGCCUUGACCAUCUGAUCCC